AUGCCGAUCCAUCGGCACGUCCGCGACGGCACACAGGGUGAAUCCGUUUCGGCUUCGGUCGACGACAAGUUGAAGAUUACACGUCGACUGGUAGCCUUUGGGGUAGACUUUGUCGAAGCCGGUUGGCCCGGCAGCAAUCCCAAAGACGCCGCAUUCUUUACCCGCGCCAAGACCGACUUGACGCACGCGGAACGCGACAAACUCGUCGCCUUUGGCUCCACCCGACGUAAACGAGUCCGCGCCAACGAAGAUCCCCAGGUACAAGCCUUGCUCGAAUCACAGGCUCCCACCGUAUGCAUCGUCGCCAAGGCACACGCCUGGCAAGUUACCGAAAUACUCCGAGCCACACUCGACGAGAAUCUGGACAUGAUACGGGACACGGUAGCCUGCUUGGUGGCACACGGUAGAGUCGUCAUGGUCGAUCUUGAACACGCCCUCGACGGAUACGCCACCGAUCCGGACUACGUCCACGCCUGUUGUCGAGCCGCCGUGGACGGCGGCGCCUCCGUACUCGUCGCCUGCGAUACCAACGGUGGUACCAUGCCCUGGCGGGUCGGCACCGUCGUUCGCGAACUGGUCGACACCUACGGGCCCCAGGGCGUCACCAUUGGCAUGCACGCUCACAACGAUUGUGGCAUGGCCGUCGCCAACUCCCUCACGGCCGCGCAAUACGGAGCCGGAUUGAUCCAAGGAACCGUCAACGGAAUUGGUGAACGCACCGGCAACGCCGAUCUAUGCGCCAUUGUCCCCAGCCUCGCUCUGCACGUACAAGCACAGCUACACUGUCGAGCCUCACUCGCAACGCUCACUUCGCUCAGUCGAUUCGUCGACGAAGUUUUGAACCAAACACCCAACCACGCCGCACCCUUUGUCGGAUCUUCCGCCUUUGCACACAAGGGAGGCUUGCACGUGGCGGCCAUGGAACGAUCUCCCUUAUCGUAUCAACACAUUGAACCCGAAUUGGUCGGCAACGAACAGCGUAUACUGAUUUCAGAACUAUCCGGGCGGCAAAACAUCCUCGGUAAGAUGCAACAAGCCGGUGUCGAUUUGGGGACUUCGGGGAGUGACCGCGCCGUUGCGAUUCUCAAUCGGGUCAAAACCCUCGAAGCGCAGGGGUACACCUUUGAAGGGGCCGAAGCCAGUGUGCAUUUGAUGAUUCUACACGCCACGAAAGGAUACUGCCCACCCUUUCAGGUACUGGACUACUCUGCACAAGUGUACGAUGCCAAUAUUGACAGUGCGACCAGAGUAUUGCGACACACGGAAUCGCCGGAUACCGAUCCGACCGAUUCGAAAAAGCCCCGCAAGGCUCCCGGGUUUGGUCCCACGGCACGCGCCACCGUCAACGUCCGAACGAUGCGUCCAAUCGAGGAUGGUUUGGAAUCGUACCUGGCCAACCUGUCGCCGUACCAGGACCGACUUGAAGUCAGUGACGGCAAUGGCCCGGUCGAUGCGCUCGCCAACGCACUGAUGCGCGCACUCCAACCCGUCCAUCCCAUUCUUCAACACGUGGAGCUAGUCGAUUACAAGGUCCGCAUUUUGGACGCCGAGAACGCCACGGGUGCCACCACCCGGGUCAUGAUCGAAUUUCGCAACAACUCCGACGGAGACCAGGAAACAUGGACUACCGUUUCCGUGGAUACCAACGUGAUCUCAGCCAGUCUCAACGCACUCGUGGACGGUUUUGAAUAUGCCCUGAUUGAACACGGUGAAAGCUGCAUGCUGUGUCACUUGGACGAUAUGUAA